GAGAAUUGCAACAGCACCACUUGCGUUGUACUUUUGGAUAUCGCAGCGGUACCAAGUACGCUCACUAUGCCAAGUUCGACAUUCGACCAGAGGCUUGCAAGAAGGUUGCUGAUUUUGAGCAUGGGGAUGUUGUCACGGACCGGAAUGGAAUGACCAGCACGUGCAUUGGCCUGAAGUGGGACUCCUCGGAAAAGAUAGUUGAGAUGUGGUUCCAUGUGGAUGGUAAGGAAGGUGCUGGAGUUUAUAGUGGCCAAGACCUGGACACAUCCUUGCGCAAGGUCGGCCACAGACCAGUCCAGGAAGUCGGGCGGGAGGACGUUGAAGGCGCUUCUGAUGGCGAAAUCGAACAUGAUGAACGCGACUGGGUUGCGCGAAACCUUCAGCCCACUUUGAGGUACAAAACGAGAACUGGUCGCUUGAUGGCUGUCGACACCAGGCCGGAAAUGAUUGCCAAGUUCAGGGUGCCUUACAAGUCAGGAGACGUGCUCCAAGACAGGAAAGAUGGCGAGAAGAUGACAUGUAUCGGAGUCGCGCAGGAUCCCAAACACGCAGUGUUGGCACAGGCCAGUCAGGAGAAGCGCGGGAACCGCGUGACUGGAAGCAUCGCUGAACUGUGGUUCCAUGUCGAAGGUUCGGAGGGGGCAGGUGUCAACGUCCGACACUUCCAAGAGCUGAGCAGAUACACUGUUGUGGGAACUAGGCCGGUGGAGCCCAUGGCAGCUGACUCUGAUGCGGGCCUCGAUCCCGAAAGCAUCCGGGCGUCGCUGCGUGAACUUCGGGGGCAGCUGUGUUGUGACUUCACCUUCCCUCGUGGGACAAGUCGCGGAACCGAUGCUGGUUUUGAUGUCAGACCCGACUUGGUGAAGAAGAUUACGGGCUGGGAGCCGGGAACGGUGGUGAAGCACGCCGCACGCCCAGAUGCCCGACUCACGCUGAUAGGCAUUGCGGAAGAUGAUGACGGAUGUCCAGCUGUUUGGUGGCACUACGAGGACGCGGAUGAGAGGCACCCGGGUGCUGGCCGGUUUGAUGGCUGGGAAGCCUUGCGCGACGACAUGACGGCGACAGGUGAGCGCAGAGAUCUUGCGGUGCUUCGCCAGAGGCUCCGUGCGACAGAGCAGUGCUGGAUUGAAACCCAGAGUGGCCCGACCCUGCUUGGAAGCAACAGAGGUCAAGCAGAGUUCGAGAAGCUUCGGGCUUUGGAGCAGCUGCUAAAGAAAGAUGGCUAA